AUGCUCUAACAUAAUAAAUGGGCCUAGAUUAGUAAUUUAAUAUAAAAUUUAAGCUAGAUACUCCUUGUUGGAUAUUUUAUGACUAAAAAUUAAUUCCUGGAGUUAUUCUUUAAAUAUCCCCAUUUUUGAUUAAGACUGCUGAAGGUAAUAUAGCAGAUUCCAAAAAUGUAUAUCAAAGAAGUUUAGAUAAUUUGCAAGAUCUUGAAGAUUUAAUUGAUCUAUCAAUUUUGAAUGAAGCUGAAGUUCUUAAUGCAUUACACUUAAGGUUCUAACAAAAAAAAUUUCAAAUUUUUUGUGGAUCAACUUUUAUUAGUAUUAAUCCUAUACAGAAGGAAAACUUUAAAUCUUAACAACUUUAAUAAGUUACAUUAAAUACUUUCAAUUAAAUGAUUGACAUACCUUAAUCAAUAAUAAUGACUGGAGAAUCAGGAUCAGGUAAGUCUGAAAUCAGUAAACAAAUUUAAUUGUAAUUAUCAAAAUUUGGAAAUCUUCACACCAAACUAUUGGCUUGUAAUUAAAUUAUAGAAGCUUUUGGAAAUGCUAAGACUUAGAGAAAUUUCAAUUCAUCUCGUUAUGGGAGAGUUACUAAAAUGUUUUUUGAUAAAGAUUAAAAGUUAUGUGGUAUUCAUAUUACUGCUGUUUCUCUUGAAAAAUCACGUAUAUAUAAUGUACCAUAAGGAGAGAGUAAUUUUAAUAUCUUUUAUUAAUUCUUAAAUUAUGGAUAAUUGUAAUUAUUUAAUAUCAAUACAAAUUAACAAUAAACUUUGAUACCAAAUCCUUUGAAUUCUAAAUCAACCUAAUAUUUAUCUUAAAAAGAAGCUUAACAAUUUUAAGAUACUCUAGAUGCUCUUAAGUUAUUUAAUAUAAAUAUUGAUGCUAUUUUAGGAAUAUUGGCAUCUAUAAUAAAAUUAGGUAAUAUUUAAUUUGAAGAUCAUGCUAGUAAUUGUUCUAUUAUUGAUUAAAAAUCAAUUGUAUAGAUAAGUUAAUUACUAGGAAUUUCAGAUAAAGAAUUAAUAAGAUGUUUAUGUUAUAAAUAAAGAUAAAUGUUAAAAAAUGAUGUAGUUGAUACUCCAUUAAGUAGAAUAGAAUGUAUAAAUUAACAAUAAAAUAUUAUUAAAUAAUUAUAUGAAAGAUUAUUUGAAUUCUUAAUUGAUUCAAUUAAUUGUUAAAUGGCCACAUAAAAUAAUAAGUAUUAAAUAAGCAUUGUUGAUUAUUUUGGAUUCGAAUAAAAUAGCUUAAAUAGCUUUGAAUAAUUAAUAAUAAAUUAUUCUUAAGAAAAGAUACAUUAGUUUUAUUUGUAUGAUACAUUUUAAGACGACAAUAGAUUAUUCAAAAUUGAAGGUUUGACUAAUAAUCAAGGACCAUUAAAUUAUUUAAAUAAUAUAUAAAUUUUAGAAUGUUUAGAAAGACCUCCUUUAGGAAUUUUGAAUAUUUUAGAUGAUAGUUGCACAGUGGCUGGCACUGAUGAAACUUUUUUAACAAAAAUUAAAAAUGCCUAUGUAAAUAAUCAAAUUAUUACAUAUUCAAGAUCUUAACCAAUAUUUAAAAUUCGACAUUUUGCAAGAGAAGUUGAAUAUAAUGUUAUUGGCUUUAGAAUUAAAAAUAAAGAUGAAAUUAAUAAAUAGUUUUAAAUUCUACUUUAAAAAUCAAAGAAUUAAUAUAUUUCAACAAUUUAUUAGCAAAUUAUCACUUAAAAGUAUGUAGGAACAGUUGCAAAAAUAGAAUUAUAAAACUUAAUUGGUUCUCUUAAAGAUUGUAAUAAUUAUUUCAUAAAAUGCAUAAAACCAAAUGAUUCAUUAAUCCAUGAUUAAUUUAAUCAAUAAUUAGUAUUAAAUUAAAUUAAGUAUUCUUCUAUAGUGGAAUGUCUUUAGAUGAGGAAGGAAGGUUAUGCUUAUAGAAGAACUUAUUAAUAAUGUUAUAUAGAAUUCUUUGGAUUAAAUUAAUAUAAGAAAAUAGAUUAGAAGACAUCAGUUAUGAAUUAUAUUAAGAGAAACUUUGCAUUUACAGAUGAUUAGAUUUUAUUUGGAAAUAGGAUGGUUUUCUUUAAAUAUCAAACAUAUAGGAUUAUUUAAUAAGAGAUAAAUAAGUAGAAUAGUGUAAAAUAAAAGGCUGCUUCUAAAUUAUAGAAUGCUUGGAUUUGUUAUAAAAACAAAAUGAUUUUUAGAGAAUUUCAAUACAGAGUUAUUUAUAUUUAAGCUCAUAUUAGAGGAUAUUUAAUGAGGUAAAGAUAUGUUAGACUUAUGCAGUCUAUAGUGUUUAUUUAAUUUAAAAUAAAAGAGUUUUUGAAAAGAAUAAAUUAUAAAAGAUAUUUAUAAGCAUCAAAAGUAAUACAAACCUAUUUUAAGAGAAUUUGUGCAAUUAAACAAAUGAUUGUUGAAGAAUAAUGUGCAAUAAAAAUAUAGAGGUUUGUAAGAUAAAAAUAAUUAUAUUAAGAAGAAUAAGUUGAAAAUGAUAUCAAAAAAAUAUUAAUAAAAAUAGCAGAUUAAGCAUGGAAAGUUAUUGUUUAUAGAGCUGCAACUAAAAUUUAGAAAACAUGGAAAGGUUACAUAACACGUUAAAAUAAUGAAGAUAAUAUAUAAUCAAUUAAACUAGCUGGAUUUUUAGUAACAGCCAAUUAAGCUGCUACAAUAAUCUAAAAAUAUAUUAGAAGACAUUAAUAAAGAAGAUAUUAUUAAUCAUUAAAAGCUGCCACUACUUAUAUUUAGGGAUGGAUAAGAAGCAAAUGGUUGUCUGAUCUAUUUUAAAGGAUCAGAUAUGCUACUAUUGUAAUUUAACGAGGAGUUAGGAAGUAUUUUAAUUAAUAUAGAAAAUAAAGAAAGUAUGAAGAUUUAAUUUUGAUACCUUUAGAAAAUGAAUUAAAUAGAAUAAGAGAAUAAGAAUUCAUGAAUUUGCAUGAUAGUUAUAUUGAAUCUGUUUUGGAGACUGAAUAAGAAAAUAUACCUGGUAAAAAGAUUGACUUAUUCAGUUAAGUAAUAGAUUUAGAAAUAUUGACAGAUGUAAGUGAAAUCUAUGAUACUUUAUGGACAUCCUUAUAUAAAAGAUGUUUUAAGGAAUGUUAUGAAAAAUAGAAUUAUAUUUCUACAUACUCUAUAGGAGAAUGUCAUGCAUAUGUAGGAACAUUAUAAAAUAAAAUUUAUUCUUGGGGAUUGAAUGAUUAAUUAUAGUAGGGAUUACUUAAAUAAAAUGCAAAUAAAAUUAAUUAAAUACAAUUUUCAUUUAAAGUAAAAUCAAUUAAAUCUGGAGCAAAUCAUGGAUUAAUUUUAAGUUAAGAAAAUGCUUUAUAUUCAACAGAUGAAACACAAUGUAUUUUAAAGAAUGUUAAAUUAUUUUCUGUCUAUAAUGAUGAAAAUAUAGCUGUUGAUGAUAACAAUUUAAUUUAUAUAUGGAAAAAAAAAUAAAAAAAACCAGUAGAAUUGAAAUCUUGGACUACAUUCAUAAGAAUGAGUUAAAUAUAAUAGAAGAUAUAAGUUCAUUAAAUUUCACAUGGUUUAUAAUUCUUUAUAGUAUUAUCAACAAAUGGAAUGAUGUUCUCUAUGGGUGAAAAUACAGUAGGAGAAUUAGGAAUAAAUAGAAGUCAUUCAAAAAAUGAAUUAACAUUAAUAGAAUUAUCUGAUAAAAUCGCUGAAGUGCAUUGUGGAAUGAAACAUACAAUAGCCAAAUCUACUUUAGGAAAAGUUUACACCUGGGGUUGGGGUCAAAUGGGAUAAUUAGGACAUGGAAACCUUAAGGAUGAAGGUUUUCCAAAGAUUUUACCAUUUGAAUCGAAAGUUCUUUAAGUAAUGGCUGGUCACAAAUAGUCAAUAGUAAUCUUAGAUACAAAAAAGGUUUAUUGGUGGGGUACUAAUUCCUGUCUAUAAUACUAAUAGAAACCAAUUGAAUAUAUGACUAAUUAUCCUGCAGUUAGAGUAUUAUGCAGUUGGAGUAGAACACUUAGUAUUGUUUACAUAACAUUUGCCAAAACCUAUAAAUGUAUAGAUGAUAACAUUAAAUUGAAAAAUAAAAUUAUCAAUUAAAUGGUUAGUAAAUGGAGUGAUAAUGAUAUUUAUUCUAUAGAUCCUCCUUAUUGUGAUAAUUUAGCUAAUUAUUUCAAUCAAAUGAAAAAACCUUAACAAAAAUUAAAUAUUAAAUUUGCUUCAAAAAUUGAACAUUAAUAAUUAGUUAAAUAACUCUAAUAAUCUCCAUUUAAUUUACUUGAUGAUGUGAAAGAUUCAAGUUGUUUUUUUAGUUUUAAAAAUGAAUCUAAUAUUUUAUUACAAAAAUAAUUAUUAGAACAUUCUGAAAAUAAAGAUAUUAUCAAUGCCAAAUCUUAUCAUAUCGAUAAUUCAAAUAAGUAUAAUUUUAUUAUUAUUUAGACUCAAAUUGCUUAAGUCUGUUAAGAAAUAUCGAAAUGAUCCUUAAUUAUAAGAAAUACUAAAAUAAUCUGAAUUAAGUGAUAUAUUAUAAUAUAUAAAUUGAUAUAUUUAAGCAAUCGAAAUGAGGUAUUCUUAAUGGAAUAAUUAGUGAGGAAAAUAAGUAAGAAUAACAAUUAGUCUUUACUGUAAUAGAAGAAGGCUAUUUCGAUCAAUUGCUCAAAAGAGUACUCAGAAAAACCCAAGAACCCUUACAUCAAAUAUCAUUGAAGGAAGCACAAGCAAUCGUGAACAGUGUUUCUCGAUCUUCAGAUUUGUAGUCAAUAAAAGAAUUAGGAUUUAAAGAUUUUGUUGGAUACUUGCAAUCUAUAAGGGAUGUUUAUAUUGAGUAUAGAAAAUUUCAAAAACAAGUACAAUCUUCAGAUAUACCUGAUGAUUUAGAUGAAAUGGUUUUAGGUUGUUAUAAUACAGUGCCUGCAUAUUUCUUUGAUUAACCAUUCAGAUUCAACUAUUAACUAUUUUCAUUAGGCAAAGAGAAAAUUAAUUAAUAUUUAGAAGAGAUUAAGGAUCAUUUAGAUGAUGUAGAGAUUACAUUAUUCUUUUAAAUAAAUUCUCGUUUUGAUAAAUUUCUAAGUGUUAUAUUAAAUUUGAAUGAAAUGAAUUAAAUCAUAGAUUAGAAUAUUAAAAAAGUUAAAAGAAUACGUGAAAUUUAUAGUGUAACAAGAGAACAUAUGAUAAAAAAAAGCACUGAAAUUACAAGAAAGAAACAAGUAUUAAUUCUUAUUGAGAUUAGACAAUUGAAAAAGUUGAAAAUAUUUUGUUUACUCUUAAACGUAUUUAGUCGAUUUAAAAGAGUUUCAUUACAUUAACUGAACUUAUUAAUACUAAGAAAUAUUCCUAAGCUGUCUAAUUGCUAAAAGUAAGUGAAUAAACAUAUUAAACUAUUAAAUCAAUAACAAGUUUAAAGUUUAUUCCUUAAAAACUAGACCAAUUACAAAAAAGUCUAUACACAACAAUACUUAAUCAUCUUCUAUCAAUAAUGCUUACUCAAAUGACAUCAUUAUUAACACCACACAAAUAACUCAUAAAUUAACUAAAUCAUCAAUUGAAUGAUCAUGAUGAUUCCGUUCUUGCCAAUUCAUAUGUAAAUGAUAGUUGGUUUGAAUAACAAUAGUAAUAAAUAAUAUCUAUAAAUAAACAAUCAGAUGAUAGUUUUAUUAAGACUCUAUUGUCAUCUUCAGGUAUUAUUGAUAUGGGUGAUAAAAUAUUUAAAUAAAAAGUUUUAGAGGAAUUAUAAGGAUAUUAUUAAGAGUUCCUAAUUGCUUUAAAAAACUAUUUUAAUCAAGAGGAAUCUUAAUAAUAAAGUAAAUUUGAUGAAUAGUCUAUUAUGGAAUAAUUAUCUUAAUUUAUGGAGGAACAACCAUUAAGUAUUUUUAUAAAAAUUGUUUAAUUCUUUUCUGAAAAUUUAAAAAAGACAAUUAAUCUCUAAAUUGCACUUGCUCAAUCUAUUGCCAAAAAUGUAUUGGAUUAACCUAAACAUAUGGAAAUAAUAGAAGAGCAUUUUUCUAUUCCUGUAGCAAUGCUCAAAUUUGCUAAUGAAAAAGUAGCCUUACUAUUAUCAUCUAAGAGAAUAGCUUCUGAAUCUUCAGUUAAAGAUUUUAUAGAUUUACUUUAAGUUUAUAAAUUUUGGGAUUAAUUUAUGCUACAGGAAAUGUCUAGAAUUAAUGAAGAUUUAUAGAUCAAUGAUAAAAUAAUGUAAAAAAUUAGAGGAUAAUAUUAGAAAUGUUCUAUAAAUCAAUUAAUUUAUAUGAGAAGUGCUUAAGAAAAGUAGUAUCUCUAAAAUUUUCAUAAAGAGAAAAAAACACAAUUAAAUAAAUAUCUAGAGAAUGAAACAUGGUUGGCAUCAGAUGUAUCCUUUGACAAUUAUGAAAUUAUUUCAUAUUUAUUGGAUCUAGAAGACUUAAAAUAAGUUGAAUAGUUAGAUGAAAGUGUUCUUCUUAAUAAUAGUACAAUGGCUGGGAAAAACCUAUUGCCUUCAUAUGUAAAUAAUUUACAUUUCAAAAUUAUUAAAACAGAAAUUAUCAUUUUAAAGGACAAUUCUAAAUAUAAAGUAACAUAAGCAUUCUUAUUCUUUUUAUAAGCUAUUAGCCAAUAUUUGCAUUUAUUUGAGUCAUACUCAAUUAUCAAUUAUGAAUAAGCAUAAAAGUUGGUUGAAUUAAUAAAAUCUUAUAAUUCUUUAGCCACAUAAUAUAUUUUAGGAGCUGGAGCUGUUCAUUUUGGUAAAAUUACUACAAUUACAGCUAAAAAUUUAGCUAUUUCAUCAAUAUGUUUGAGACUCUUCUUAUACUUAUUAGAUCCUUUAUCAAAUAAAUUAUUUAAAGUAAUUAAGUAAGUAUUUAAUAAUUAUCUAUAAGUUAAUAGUAAUAAACAGAAUAGACAAAUCUUCAACAAAUUUAGAAUGAUUUUUCAACAAUAAAGGUGGACUAUGAAAAUCAUAAUGCUGAAGUUAUGGCCAAAUUGACUACUAUAGUAUAGGAUAGAUUUUAUAAACAUUUUGAUGAUAUUGCUAAAUUAGAUUGGAAUGUAAUAUCAAAAUUAAUAAUUUAGGAUUCUUAAACUAAAAUUACUGUUCCUACAAAGAUGACAAAUCAAAUCUGUUAAAAUACUCGAUCUUUAUAUGUAGCUAUUGAAGAUAUUAUAACAAAAGAAGAUCUUUGUAAUGUUUUUGGACAUAUUUUAUCAAUCCUCAAUUCUGAUUUUGUAAAGAUAUUUAAAUAGUUAAAUAUUACUUCUAAGUAAAAUAAUAGUUGAAUUUAUUAGAAUUGGUUUUACAAGAAUUAAAGAAGAAUUAGACUAUUUUAUGAAUUCCUUAAAAGACAUAGGACAAUUGCCUUAAUUAUUAGCAGAUCAAUAUAAAAAUUUAGAAUCAGAAAUAGCUGCAGUGAUAGAGAGUAAGUAGUAAUGA